AUGGCCGUGGAUGUGGAGAGCAUAAUCCAGUCGAUUAAAGACGGGGACCAAGACGGGGUUCAGACUCAACUGAAAGAAUACAACACCGAGUACGCCGAGUGCUUCUUCUUCAACGUAGAGGAAAAGGAGAGGAGGAAGCAACGGGAGCUUGAAGAGUUCAGGAGGAAUAAAGUGAGGGAGUAUGUUCCAGACUCGGACUCUGACUUGGAUUCGGAUGAGUCUGAAGACCCUGACCUCAUACUCAGAAGGAGGUUGGCAGCAGCGCUGAUCUGGUUCAUCCGGACGCAGCUGCAGCCGGGGGUGCUGACAGUGUGUCUGCGCAGCCUGCGCAUCCUGACGCGGGAUCGGCAGGCCCUGGCCCCGCUGGUGACGGACACGGCUCUCCUCACGCUGGCGCGCUACGGGGGCCUCAGCUCCCACCCGCUGCCCCUGGACGAGGACCGGGAGGUGGAGCUGUACACCUACAUCAACCGGGUCGACGUUUCUGCCGCCCGCGCGCCCAGCCAGGCCUAUCCGGCCGGCUGCCCCGGCAACGCGCACGCUGAGGCCCCCUGUUCCAGAGCCUUCUCCCCUCUCCACGAUGCAGGGGCGGAGCCAGGCCGCAGUGCCGACGGUCUCCGUGCCGACGGGCCGGAGGCGUGCGGCUGUGCGAGGCUCGCCAGGGGGAAGAGGGACGGCGGGAAAGAGAGAGGGGAAGAGGAGGAGGAGGAGGAGGAGGAAGGGGAGGACGACAGAGAGGUGUGGAGGAAGGAGGCCAUGAAAGCGCUGUGCAACGUCGUCUACAACAGCCAGAAAGCGCAGGAACGAGCCAGCACCCUGAGAUUGCUGUCAGGCUUGUCAGAGAGACUGAAAAGGGGCAACCAGGCUCCUGAGCCCCCUAGUGGCCAGUUUUAUGAUCUGCGACUCCUUUUCCUCCUGACAGCCCUGCGGGCAGAACUGAGGGCCCAGCUCCAGAAGGAGAGAGGCGUGUCCCUGUUGACAGCUGCUCUCGAGCAGUCGCUGGAAGUGCAGUGGGGGGAAGGUUAUGAGGUGCUGAGAGAUCCUGCAACGCCCCCUGUGUCCAAGGAGGUGUCACAGCGCGUUAUGGAAAUGCUCAAGACCCUGUUCAACAUCACGUAUAACACGCGCAGGCAAGAGCCCAACGAGGAAGAGGCAGCUCUCUAUCGCCGCCUGGCAGCAGUUCUGCGCCACUGCCUGUUACUGUGCUGCGAUGGGGAGGAGAGGACUGAGGAACUUCAGGGGCACACUGUGAACGUCCUCUCAGCCCUGCCACUGCAGUGUCUGGACGUGCUUCUGUCCGUCCAUCUGUCCGGCAGCUCGCACGAGUGGGAGGGAGUGAACAUGGACUGUGUGCACGCCCUGCUGCUGUUCAUGCAGAAGAGGCUUGACAGGGGACAUAAGCUGAAGGAGAAACUGACUCCAGUUCUGAACCUGCUCACGGAGAGCUGCAGGGCCCACAGAGAGACCAGGCACUACCUCAAACAGCAGAUCCUGCCCCCCCUGCGGGAUGUGAGCAGCAGGCCGGAGCAGGGGCCCACGGUGAGAGGCCGGCUGGUGCGCCUCAUGACCCACGUGGACACGGACGUCAAGCACUGCUCCGCCGAGCUGCUCUUUGUGCUGUGCAAGGAGAACGUGUCCAGGUUUGUGAAGUACACAGGCUACGGGAACGCGGCGGGGCUGCUGGCGGCCCGCGGGCUGCUGAGGGGGGCGGGGGGGCCGGGGGCCGGGGGCCCCCCCGGGGGCCAGUACUCCAGCGGCUCUGACUCAGACACGGAGGAGUACCGGGAGGCCCGGGGCCGGAUCAACCCGGUGACCGGCAGGGUGGAGGAGGCGCAGCCCGACCCCAUGGAGGGCAUGACGGAGGAGGAGAAGGAGGAGGAGGCUUGCAAGCUCAUCAACCUGUUCAACCGCCUCUCCCGUGACAAUAUUAUCCAGCCCAUGGGGGUGACAGCAGACGGAAGACUAGCGCCACUCUGUGGAGAGUUGAGGGACUGCAGACUAGGAGAGGAAAGGGAAUCCGAGGACGAAAGCGAGGAAGAGGUUGAUUAAGAAAGAGAAAAUCCGAUUAAGCGGUCAUAUAUACUUUAAACAGUGAGCUAACCGUAGGGCAGGAAUAAUAAAUGAAUGUACAUCAUCUGAUGUACAAUGCUUCUGCACUUAUCUACAGGCAUGAAUAUGCUUUGCCAAUAUAUAAAGCAAAUAUUAAACUGUUAAGAUGUAAAAAUACGCAAAUAAUAAAGUUAAAUAUAAUCCAAGCGAUGUCGACAGUAAUGUACAAUCGGUUAGUGAACCAAGUUCGUUUGUUGAGUGAUGUUAAUUGAAAAUAACGACGGUACGUGUAUUGCAUUGAUGUAGUUGUGCAUGUUGUUGAAUUUACAGAGAAAUUAGAAAAAUGUAUUCUUUCCGAAUAAUAAAUGUGUGAUCACA